AUGCCACCUCCGCCUGGCUGUCCUGAAACCCUUAGGAUACCAGAGACAGGCCUUGCUUCCCCCUCCUCGUAUACGCUCGUCAAGCCGCCGCCGCCCCCGUUUCCCACCUGCUUCUCCUUCUCGCAGCAGCAGGCCAAGAACAUCGAGGUCCAGCUGCCACCCCUGGUCGCCGGGGCUCUAGUUGCCGCAUUUGCCAAGGCCCUGGCCGAUGGCUUGAACAAUGAGCUGCUAGCCCACUACUAUUUCCCAGAUCGGAGGGUUCGGGUCAAUCUCGAUCGAGUGCUGGACCGGCUCUUGUCGGUGUUCGUCAGGCAGCUGUGGGAUGAGCUCUUCCGGUUCUACACCGACUCUGAUCACGGCUCCGGGAGUCAGCAUUCUCGUCAGGUUACUCUGUUAUUCGAUGGCCCUAUCCGUCAACUCGUGCUUAUACUAAACGGCCCCGAGACGGCUAGAUGCAUCCUCGACAAGCUCGGCCCGGGGUUAUCGAGAAGGCCCCUAACGUGGUCGACCAACACCAAGGGAAUCGACUUCCCGCUGGCUCUACAGCUGCUGUGCGGCUUCUGGCAUCGCGAAUUUCCCGAUCAGUCGCCGGGAGGAAACCCGGAUCAAAUCGCCCGCGCACUUCAUACGCUUAUAACGACCGGGGACGCAGCCAAAGAACUCAUCAAUGAGAUGAAAAAGGUGCUUUUGUCUCCACACUAUGUCCAGAUCCACUUUGCCGAGUCAGCCAUCUGGGAUGUUGUGUUGAGACGACCCGGCCCUCCUCCGCCUGACGGCUUCCAUAUCGUUCAGCUCAAGUUCGAAUGCCAGUUGUUCAACCCGCUAGGUGGCUUUGGCGACCUGUCCAAUACCCGUCUCGGGUCUCUACCUGUUGUUACAGGUACCGCCGCUGAGCAUGUCUGCACAACUGUAUCCGAGUACGUCGAGAAGCAAUGGCCGAAAAGCGGACCCGUUGUGUUGAGCUGUCUUCAAGAUGCGUUUACGAGCGCGGCAUCUUCUCUCGAACAAGGAGAUGCGUUCUCAGGCAUGUCUCUCUGGGACGGUAGCGAUGGCAAAGGCGCAGUUUUGCCUAGCCUGAGAUUCGUUCACAUAGAGACAGAAGGCUCGAUGAUCAGAAUGAGCCUGAGUGCCAGGCUUCAUACUCUCAGCGACGUCUUCCAGCAAAUGUCCUGGCUUUGUGCCGCCUUGAGUUCCUCGCCGUUUCCCGGAGUGGUGGCGGAGAGCAUGACGGAGGUGUCGAAUUGGGUUUACUUGGAUGAGAAUGUUUACAUCGACUGUAGUUUGAACCACAUUCCUAUCCCCGGCAGCGAAGCUAUGCCGUGGUUGCAGCACCUGCCGCGUACUGCGAUUGCGAGCGGCUUCCCUUUGCAUCAAGGAUCGGGUGAGGCGUAG